GUGGACCUACUGCUGGAUACAUUGUAUGUCUGAACUGGAGGACGGUCCCUGACUGAUGCCAUCGCCCCUGAUCACACCACAUACCACGUGAUCUCACCACAUACCACGUGAUCUCAAGUCAACCACAAAGAGGGAUGCAUCUUCAGCACAACAAAUUCACAGGGUCGCAUUACCACAGCCCGAUGCCACUGCCAUUUGUUUGCAUCAGAUACCACGUGAUAGGUACACAGAUUCCAAGUCCAUUAAGAUGGAUGUAUUUUCAACACAACAAAUUCGUAAGGUCCCAUUACCGCAGCUGUAACCUUCUCGUGACUCCCACACCUGACUCUCCUGUCAACUACACAAAUGCUUAUGGACAAUGGCUUUCCCUCCAAGUCUCAAGGUCAAGCUUCCUACCUCCGUAUAUGUAUAUGAACCCUCAACAACCAGAUUGGACUUGUCGUAAUGGACUUCUUACUCCGCGAUGUAUCGGAACUCAAGGACUGGAGUGGACUAGUCUGGAUCCCCUUCCUUACUCCGCGUAAUCUCAAGAACUAGCCCGUGAAGAUACGGAGUAAAAUAGGUCUUCAGCAACCCAUGCUUGCCUUAUAAGGCGGCUAUGCUUGCCAUAAGAGGCGAGUAACGGGUGGUCAGGCUCGCUGACUUGGUUGCUCAUUAUGUCAAUCACUGGAUUGUCUGGUCCAGACUCGAUUAUUUACAGACCGCCGUCAUAUUCACCCUGUAUAUUCAUCCGUCCGGAGCGACCCAAGACUGUAGAAAGGGAUUGAUUAUUUAGAAAACUGUUUGCUCUCGUGCAUCCCAGAUGCUGAUAUUGAAGAUUUUGAUUUUGUGAUUAUGGGUGAUAUGGAUGCUAGAACAGGCAACUUAAAGGAUUAUAUUUUACAGGAUGGCAACAAAUACAUUCCUUCACUGGAAGAUUUGAAUUAUAAAACUGACAGUUUUAGCAUAUCUAGAAAGUGGACAGAUGAUCAUGUAAACCCCUAUGGUUGUGAUUAAAUGGAUUUUUGCUGUUCUCUUGAUAUACAUAUGAUGAAUGGGAGAACAAUAUCAGAUCCCCGCGGGAAUUUUACAUGCCUUGCUGGUGGGGGUGCCAGCAUGGUUGAUUAUUGUUUAUGUUCAUCUGAAUUAUUUAGUACUAAUUAUGAUUUCAUUGUAGCCACAAGAUGUGAGUCAGAUCAUUUUCCCAUUGUGUUUAAGUUUGCUGUUACAGAUACAGAGAAUGUUAUCAGUAACAUGAAUGCUGAUAAUGCAGAAUCUAUUUGUAGAUACCGAUGGUGUGCUGGUAAGGCUGAAGCGUUUUCUGAGUUACUUCGGGACUCGCUAUCAUCAUAUAGUUUUGAUGAUUUCAUGGGUGAUAUUUCUAGCGGUGUUGAUUGUGCUGUUACAAAAUUGACAUCAUUGAUCAUUACUUGUGCUUCUGUCAGUGAUAUGAAGGUAAUUACAAGUUCAAACAUAGAUACAUUUUCAGGAGCAAGAUGGCAUGAUAGCGAAUGUAAAGAGCUGAAACAUGA